UACAAAUCAAGUUAAUUACCAGCUCCCAAUCAGCUAGCCAGCAGAUCAUCUUGUGAAAAGGAAGCAAGAUCGAUGAAUAGUCACUCGAUCAUGGCGGUGCCGUCGGUGUUCGCCGCCUUCGACGAGGACGGCGACGGCAAGGUCUCCGUGUCCGAGCUGCAGCGCUGCAUGGAGGCGACGCUGGGCGAGGACGUGUCCGAGGAGGAGGCGGCGGCGGUCCUCGUGGCGGUGGACGCCGACGGCGACGGGCUGCUGAACCAAGAAGAGUUCUCGAGGCUGAUAGCCCGUGCCGGCGCCCAGGAAGAGGACGAUGCCGACGUGAAGCGAAGGUGCCUGAGGGAGGCGUUCGGGAUGUACGCGUCGUCGUCCGCGGACGACACGAUCACGCCUGCGAGCCUGAGGCGGACGCUGAGCAGGCUGGGGUCGCACGAGCUGGGCGUGGAGGAGUGCAGGGCAAUGAUCUGCAGAUUCGACCUCGACGGCGACGGCAAACUCUCGUUCGAGGAGUUCCGUGUCAUGAUGAUGGCCUGAUCGUCGAUCUCUCUUCGUCGCAUUCUUCUAGCUAGAUACAAAUAAUGUUCACUUAAUUCAUUGAUCGAUCACAUAUGUGAUAUGUUAUACGUAUGUACAGUAUGUGUUCAUUCAUUCAUUGUUUUGCUCGCACGAUCGCUGUAUAUGUUACCGGGGAAGUUGUGGCUUUA